AUGAUCCAAGAAUACGCAGGGAUUGCCCUGGAAAGUUUGGACGAUGAGAUUGUUGGCCUCGACGAGCAAGAAAGGUGGUUCUGGAAGCUGAAAAACAUUUAUUAAACUUCGGAAACCACUUUUUAUAAUCAGUUUUCCUUAGAAAAAGAAAGUUAACUACGGAAGACGCUUGAAAAUUGCUAUAGGGAAUGGGGAAUUUGCGUGUUUUUCCUCAUUUUUUUCUUUUUUUCUAUAAGCAAUGUUCCAAGAAAAAGAAGAUAACUUGAUUUCGACCGAUUUUUUUAAAAAAAUUUAAUUGAACCAUUUUAUAGAAUUUCCAUUAUAAUUGAAAUUUUUUUAAAAAUAUAAUUGAAUUUGCUUUUUGAGACAUUUCAUUAUUGAUAUAUAAAACGUGCACAAGAAAUUUACAAAGUUUGUUUUUUUGUUCCAAUAUCACAUGUUCCUUAUCAAGAAAGGAUUUGAAUUCUUCAAAAAAAUAAUGUUUUUUUGAAUGAAACGAAUUUUCUGUACAUUUUGAUGCGUUUCGUUGAAGUUUUUUUAGUCUUCUAAAUUUCUGACUCAUUGCUUUUUAUUAUCAUUAUUAUUUGUUGUUUUUUUGAUUUUUCAUAUUUUCCUGAUAUCCGAUUUCACACAUUUUUAAAUAUCAGUUCCAUAUGUUGCUUAAAUGUUCCCUCGAGAAGUGGUUAUCCCAAACAUUUUCCCCAGCAAGUUGCAAAUUUUGUAGCUAAGGCUUUGCUUCUUGAAACAUUUUUCAGACUACUUAUGAAAAAAGUUAGGGAAGUCAAUUCAAAUAGUUCAAUUUCCCCGUUUUCUAGGUUAAUCAACGACCUUGUUGCUGAAUUUAUCAGUUCGGAGAAAGGACAGUGUUGCAUUUUGGAAGGAAAACCGGGGUGUGGACGUCAGAGUCUUCUGGACAAGAUUCUGAAGGCCUACGAUAUCGAGUUGAGGAUCAUCAACGUCGGUUGGUUCGGCUGAACCUGGACCUUUCUGAGAAAGAGAAAUUGCAGGGCAACUGGCCGUCGACGGAUCGAUCCAGGAGACGUUGGCCAAGGAAGAAGACGUGGGUCUUGCAGAUUAAAACAAUGAUUUAUUGAAGGAUCAGUCUAAAAAAGAUUAUUUCUUCACGACAAUUCAGAACCCUAACGUGUUAAUUCUGCCUUUUUCGCGGCGAAAUUGCUGUUUUUCUCUGCACCCUCCUCUUCUCUCGGCGUAUCUCUCAAUCUUACGUGCUAUUCCCAUGUUUCUCUGACCUCGCUAGUGAGAGAACAGAGAGACGCAGACACACAAAAACUGUCAAGACUGAAUUGAAUCUAAAAAUGACGUAAUACGAGUUUGAACCAAUUUUCUUAAAAUUCUAGAUGUAGCUUAUUCCGCGUCAGCUUCAAAGUUUUUUUGCCAAAAUACCGUAUAACUUCAGUUUGAAGGUCUUGAAGCGAAGCACGCAAAAAAGCUUGGGUUACUGUGUUUUACCUACUUUAAUGGCAGUUUCGCGCGCAUUAUAAGAAGUAUAAUCCUUUUCCUCUGCACCCUCCUCAUCUCUCGCCGACACUCUCAUGUUUACGUGCUAUUUGCAAAAUUCUCUGACUUCGCCGGUGAGGGAACAGAGAGACGCAGACACUCGAAAAUAAUCAAGUCGCGCUGGACUUACUUUUUUUGAAGAAAAAUUCUCAAAUUGAAGGGAUGACCGAAAAAAUCUUAUUGCUGACAAAAAAGGGAGUUUUCAGGGCGGAAGUUGGGUAUUCCUUCUGAGAGACGCUGGCGCCUUGAUCACGAGCCAUCAGAAAGAGUUCCUCUACACUUUGUUAGAAGAAAACGACUCGUCUUCCAUGGCUCAUCUUCUUGUCCGUCACGCCUCAAGUCGCAACGAAAUUCUGGAUUUUUCUAUUCAUAGCAUUUUUAGGACUUCCUGGAGCACAUGGAAAAGUGUGGAUCGUCCAGGAUGCCUAGGAUUCGCAUCGUUUUCGAGAACGACUUUGAUUUCGAAGAGUACCGCCAGGCGUUCAAAAGUCUCAUGGCCCCGAGGGAGACCGAGGCUGGUGAGAAGUUGAUUUUUUUGGGUUUGAAAAAAAGCGCGAAAUUUGAAUUUUUGAUAAGAUUAUUGUCAUUUUAUCCAGAAAUAUAUAACUUUUUCUGGUCCUCCACACCACAGAUCUUUCUGUGAGCGAACAGUACAAAUUUCUUUAAAAUUCACGUGAAAAAUGUCACUUUUUCUCAACUUUGAAUAGAAAUUGAUUGCAUUAUCCAUGGAGCGCAAAAGCCCUGUUCAUUUUUUCAUCGCGAUUUUUUUUUCUAUCUAUGAAAGUUCCAUGAAUCUGUCAUUUGUUUUCAUAAACUUCCUUUUGCUGUUUUGAAAAAACCCCGGUCGCAGGUAGAAUGGCUUACCGUGUGUCUGUGAAGCGUUCGACCGACCAAAAACGGCUUGCGCGCAAGUUUAUAAGGAAGCAUUUGAAAGAUGAUGAAUGAAUAGUUGACCUUAUCAUGCGCACUCCGCUUGCGGCGUCUAGAACCAUUCCCAAUGCUGCCAAGAUUUUUAAAAACUAAAAAGGAAGCAUAAAGCUAAAAAUCACUUUUCAGCAUCGUCUCCAGAAUAUCAAGAGUUUCUGGAGUCUUUACGGCCGGAAAAGUGGCUGAGGUCUUUGCACGAGGUACAGUAUUCUGUUCAUCUCUUCCUACAUUUCAUUUUUGUUUUUUUUAGACCUACGAUCUUUGUGUUUUAAAGCAGGUUGUGGCGAUUAUUCUGCAGAGGAUUGUCGAUUGCGAGGUUCAAAUUUUGGUCUCAAAUUUGAAACUAUUGGAAGUUUUCAGCCGGAAGAUUUCUGCAAGGAGGAAGUCGAGUCGGCGAUUCGCGACGCUGUUGAAUUCGCCAGUCCAGAUUAUGAGCCGAAACUGAAGUUGUUGGAAGGUUUUGAGGAGUUUUGAAACCUGAAACUCAAAAAAUUAGUAAUAAUAACGUCAGGAUUCAAGAUAAAGUUGAAGAACUUGAAUAUGUUUUUUUUGAAAAAUAACUAAUCAGUAGUUACCUGUUUCAAGAAAUUUACAUUUAUCAAAUUUAUUUUAAAUCAUUGCUACCAUGAACUCACUGGUAAUGCAUUUUUUGUGAUAUUUCCAGACUUGUCCCUCCGACAACAGUGCGUUUUUCUGUGCGCUCACCGACUUUUGCGGAAUCGGCCUGCGGAAAGCGCGACUACCGUAGCCCAAAUCACUUAUCGAUAUAUUUUCUUGGGUUCGCUUCGACCAUUUUAUUUUUUUUGAAGGGGAAAAGUAAAAAAUUUUGAAACGUCAAAUAUUUAAUUGAAAGUGAUUAUUCGGGUAUCCCAUGAGAAAUCUAAAAGCAUGAAAUCCAAAAAUAAAACAAAAAAAAAUUGGAAUAUUCAAGUUUUGCAAUGAAAUUGAACAUUUUGAGUUUCAGAAUACAAAAAGCUGGUGAACACCUUCUACCGGGCGCUGGCCGUCAGCAGCGAUUCCUGGAUUUUCCGGGAAAUUGAUCAUCUCGUCGAAAUUGGACUUCUCAGGGCCGAUCGCUUCUCCAACGUCACUAAUAUGUCUUUCAGGUGAAAAUGAAUAAAUUCAGAUUUUAAGUUUCUUUGGAUUUUUCCAAAAUGUUUCGAACUUAGAUCAUAUGUGAGAUCAUUUACGUCAUUUACGAUCCCAUUUACGCAGCGAAAAAUUCUUUGCCGUGUAUAUUUAUCGAGUAAAUAAAAAAUGACUAAAUGAAACGAAAAAAAUUGCUACGGCCAUAAACGAGUUUACAAGUUGAAAUUUUUCAAUUCCUACUCUUUUUCAUAACUUUUAAGCCACGAUAUUGGUAAAUCCGUGAAAAGUUUUCAAAAUUCUUUCAAAAUCAAAUUUACGGUAGUUCAAUCUUUUUUUCAAACGUUCAUUGAAAAAAUCACUUUUCCUUCUUCCAGAAAAGUGAACUUGGGCGUCGAUCCGCUGCGAAUCGAGAAAUUCGCCCAAACUCUGAAGCUUCCGACAGCAAUCGCUGAUUUCUUCACUUCCACCAGAACUUAA